AACAUCAUAACACUGAAUGCGUCGUCAGCCGAUCGAACUGAGCCACGAGCCCACGUGGUUCGCCGAUUUCUGCAGGAAUACAAUUACGAACCUCGUAAGAAAAUCAAUACGUAUCGAAGGAUAACGAUCUGCAAACGGUGCGAACAAAAACUAUGCAGAAUUUAGAUGCAUAAUGUUGGCAACUGUAGGCGAGUCUGGCUGUUGCAAGUGAGAUUUUCUAUGUUCUCCUGUGCGUUCUCUGCGUGGCAGUAACGUGCUCCGCCUCACCAGUUCGUCCAUGUGGACCAGCUAAUUAGGCUAACUGUGGUGCGAGAAAUGGAACGGCGAACAGUUCCAAAUAUACUGAUUACCGGAACACCUGGAACCGGCAAGACUACCCUGUGCUCAGAGCUGGCUAAUCGUGUGGCUGAUCUUGAGUGGAUCAACAUUGCUGAAUUAGCCAAAGCAAAUAACUGUUAUGAAGCGUACGAUGAGCAGUACGACUGCGCCAUUCUCGAUGAGGAGAAGGUUAUGGACGAGAUGGAGGAUCGCAUGAGUGAACCUUUUGGAGGGAAAAUUGUCGAUUACCAUGGCUGUGACUUCUUUCCAAAACGCUGGUUUGACGUUGUAUUCGUACUGCGCACUAAUACAAAACUGCUCUACGAUCGACUAGUGCAUCGUGGUUACGAGGGCAAGAAGCUUGAAGAUAAUGUUCAGUGCGAAAUCUUCCAAGUGCUGCUGGACGAGGCCAAGUCAGCAUAUGACGAGGAAAUUGUACACGAACUUAUGAGUGACACUCCGGAUCAGAUGGAAGAGAAUCUUGAGAGAAUCUGCACUUGGAUUGAGAGCUGGCGAAACGCGGCAUCGAAUCGAUAACCCUUUGUUCACGUUGAAUUUUCUCACCAUGCCGUAAAAACUUAGGCAUAGCAAAGCGUUACUCGGCCGUCAAGGGCUGCUGGAUGUGAUAAACCUGGCCGGUGCCAGGCCCAGGUUCAUGCAUGGUGCAUGCAGCGCCAGUCUACCAAUGUUGUUGUUGAAACAGGUUUUUAUCUUCAACCAUCGCAGUACGACAUGAUAAUCCUAUUGGCAGGUGGCGCGUACUGCGGCGUAUCCAAUAUUUCAACUGGUAACAGCUGACUUGCCCUAGAACUGAGUUAACUAACAGCAGCUCUGUAUAUAAAUAUGUCUACGGUUAUUAAAAGGGGAACUUUGAUAGAGCGAAGUGAUCAAAUUAAUCGAUCGCUGUUGGAACGUAGAUAUUGGAUAUCAAUGUUAGCUGGAAAUGAAAACGAUUUGAGAAAAAUAGGCUUUGCAAGCAACAUUUGUUACGCGAUUCUUCCAGCGAGGAGCGCUUCUUUGUACCUUGUUGCCAUGAAGGACGAACCAGCAAUCACGAAUUCGCGAGCCAUAUUAUUCGAACAACUAUGCAAUAUGCCUGCAAACAUAAUUUUCUCGUUCGCUUCGGCAGCUAAUGUUGAUAUACAUACGUCCCAGGCAAAGUAAAAAGAUCCGACGCAAGACUGCUCGCGUUAACUAUCUCAGUAUUGUCAAAUGCGAAAAGUCAACGAAUCAAAAAACGUCAACAAAACUUGAAAAAAAAAAUAAAAAGUACACUGUUGUGAAGUUUCCUGCAUACUAAAACUACGUUUCAGUAUUUAGCUUCACGUACGUUUAUACGUUGUCAAUAUAAAUAUAAGCGUGCCAGGUAUAUCGAGGGCACGUAUUUCCUGAAAAUGAGGUCGUAAACUAAUAAAUACGGGUAUCUUUGUUUCGAACAGUUCACUACAUGAUCCACGAGGUUGCUGUAAUGGCUGGUAAAAAUCCAGAUGUUCUAGAAAACAUUCAAGUAAGAACGUGGCUAUACUAACUAUAAACCUGAAUAAUAAUAAAGCAACGCGCACCGUUGACUUAGGGAAACGUCUUCGACAAUUUCUUUGUAGACAGUAUAGCAUCAUGGAUAUAAGGGCAGCUAAAAUAAUUGGCUUGAGACACAUGCCCCCAAAUGCCGUCAUUAUUUUGAAAUUAAAAUUAUUUCAAUAAUUCUCCUUCCUUGAAUAUUUUCGAUGCCACGGGUUAUAUCUUACUUAACUAAUCGUUAGUAGAAUCAUUUAUACUCUUUAAUAUAAAUCGAGCAGUAAUUGUGUGAAGAUUAUGCCGGAAUUCCUAACUAUCACCUCGUUCUAGAAGUCACGAACACUCCUCUAUGUUCAUUACCGCAGUAUAGUUAUGUAAAACAUGAUUCUGUAAUAAAAUAGAGUCAUAUAAUAAAUAGAAGGAUCUUGCCGCUGUUUUAGUUUUGGACGAAAGUUUACAACGACAAUAUGACAAAAAAAAUCUUCUAUGUGUGGUAAAACCGUGGCCUGUCUAUAAAAAAAAAAUUACUUGAAAGCAGUGAAAAUUUCGAAUAGAGUAUUUUCAAAACUCAUAAAGAUUCGUAAACUCUAGAUAUAAUAAUUCUUGUUAUUCUACCAUUCAAUGUCUACUCUUUGGCUCGGGUAGGCAACAGCUAGGCAAGCCAUUAAGCCCUGUGUAACUGUCUCUAGGACAAACGAAAUUGAUAUACAUUUCCACAUAAACAAAAAAAAUAAAAACUUUGUAAUUAAUAAUCGGGCUCAAAACUGGGAACCCAAUACCGAAGCGGUCGACCUAUCUGUUUUAUCAAAAAAAAUA